UAUUUCCUUGUGUCCACCACACACCCAACCCAAAUUAUUAAGAUGACUACUCCUCACAAUGCUGCUGUUUCUUUCACUUCUCUGCUUCUCAUAUCCUCUCUUUUGCUAGCUUCUUCAUAUCUUUGCGCCUCUGAGGCGCAAAGCUCGCCUCCUAUUGUUAAUGGCUUGUCAUGGACUUUUUACCAGUCGAGCUGCCCCGACCUCGAGUCCAUUAUCCAAAAACAGCUCAAGAAGGUGUUCAAGAAGGACAUCGGACAGGCCGCCGGCCUUCUUCGUCUCCAUUUCCAUGACUGCUUUGUUCUGGGAUGUGAAGGUUCAGUGCUGCUUAAUGCACCAGACGGUGGACCAAGCACAGAGCAGAACGCCCCUCCAAACCUGAGCUUGAGGCAGCAGGCAUUCGAGAUCGUCGAAGAUCUCCGCCGACGCGUUCACAAGAAAUGUGGAAGAAUCGUCUCUUGCGCCGAUAUUCUUGCCCUCGCUGCUCGCGAUUCUGUUCUCUUGGCGGGAGGACCUGACUACAACAUUCCCUUGGGUAGGCGAGAUGGGCUAACCUUCGCGACAGAACAAGUAACCUUAGCCAAUCUACCAGCACCUUUUAGUAACGCCUCCGUCAUUCUCGACUCUCUCGCCACCAAUCAGAACCUCGAUGCAACCGACGUGGUCGCCCUCUCCGGUGGCCACACCAUCGGCAUCAGCAAUUGCGGUGCGUUCGAAGGCCGGCUCUACCCGAACCAAGACUCUUCCAUGGACAAAACCCUUGCUAACAACCUCAAAAAGGUUUGCCCUGCAUUAAAUGCCAACGGCACAGUUGUGAUGGAUAUUAGGACGCCGAACAAAUUCGACAACAGGUACUACGUCGGUCUCAUGAAUCGCCAAGGCCUAUUCACGUCCGAUCAAGACUUGUACACCGAUAGGAGGACUCGAGGGAUUGUCACUCAGUUUGCUAUCAAUGAAACUCUCUUCUUUGAGAAAUUCGUUGCUUCGAUGAUAAAGAUGAGCCAGUUGAGGGUCCUGACUGGCAGGAAUGGAGAAAUUCGUGCUCGUUGCUCGGCAACAAACUCGAAUGGUAAGUACUUGGAGUCCGUGGUGAAAGAGGUUGCGGAGGGUUUUUCAGAGUUGAUUUAGGAGGAACAAACUAUGUGGGUGUGUGUUGUGUUUACUAUGUUAUUUCUGUUUACUAUGUCCACCAUGCACGUACGUUACUAGUUCAAUCUGGAAAUCGUUAAUAAAAUAGCUAGUUAUCAUAAAUAGAAAGUUCAUAG